AUGGCCACCGUCGCUGCCGUCUCGUGCGCUUCUGCCGCCACCUGCUUUGUGCAGAAGUCUGUUUCCUCGAAGCAGAUUACCGGCCGUGCUGCCGGACUUCCUGCUCUCCGCAUGUCAAGGGUGACCUGCUCUGCUGAGAGGAAGGAGAGGAAGGCUGUCCUGUCUGCGGCUACCGUCGCCGCCUCGGUCUCCGCUGCCCUUCCGUCACUGGCUGCCGUCGAGGAGAUUCUCGGUGGGGAUGGUACCGGUCUCCCCUUCGGCAUCAACGACUCUUCCCUUACCUGGGUUCUCCUCGGUGUCUUCACCGCCAUCUGGGGUGCUUUCUAUCUGUAUGCCUCGUCGCUCCCCAAGACCGAUGAUGACUCUGGCCUUGGCUUGUAA